CAUGGGUCACGGCUAAAAAACAGUGCUUUCAAAUAGUUACCUGCAAGGGCUGCUCUUUGGCGUUUGAGUGUAACUGAAGGUCUGAAAAGUUGUGUUUUUUGCGCGGGGUCGUGGAGUUCAGAAUCGUUCGUAGUCUUCCCGAGGACGCCAAGAAUCCACGAUGUCAAAAGACGAGAAGGAGUCGAUCAUCCCCGACGUUAUACACGAUAAGACUACCGGAAGAAGCUACAUCAAAGGCCGGUUUUUCGGAAAGGGUGGGUUUGCGAAAUGCUAUGAAAUUCGAGAUUCGCAAUCCAACUAUGUUUACGCCGGGAAGAUUGUCCCAAAAUCGAUUAUGACCAAAAGUAAUCAAAGGGAAAAGAUGACACAGGAAAUUCAUAUCCAUAAAAGCCUAGACCACAAAAACGUUGUCGGUUUCCAUGGAUUUUUCGACGAUUCACAUAAUAUUUAUAUAAUCCUUGAGCUCUGCCGAAAGAGGUCAAUGAUGGAAUUGCACAAGAGGAGAAAAGCUUUGACCGAAUACGAAACUCGAUUCUACAUGAAGCAGAUUUUGGAAGGCGUACAAUAUCUGCAUCAAAACAGGAUAAUUCACAGGGAUUUGAAGCUCGGAAAUCUUUUCCUUAACGACGAGUUGCAAGUCAAAAUCGGCGACUUUGGAUUGGCAACUAAAAUAGAAAACGAUGGCGAACGAAAAAAGACCUUGUGCGGGACUCCGAAUUACAUAGCCCCAGAAAUAUUGACCAAGGUUGGCCACUCCUUCGAGGUGGACGUGUGGAGCAUCGGUUGCAUAAUGUACACACUGCUGGUCGGAAAGCCGCCCUUCGAGACCUCCAGUCUGAAAGAGACUUACUCGAGGAUCAAGCAAGUGCAGUACAAAAUGCCCUCCUCGGUCUCGAGGCCCGCCAUGACGAUGAUCUCGAGCAUGCUGCAGGGCAACCCUCUGAAACGGCCCAGCGUCUCCAAGCUGAUCAAGGACGAAUUCUUCACCAGCGGCUUCCUGCCGCUGAGUCUGCCGCUCUCCUGUCUGACGAUGGCGCCCAGGCUGGACACACUCGAGUCACACAACAACCGGAAGCCGCUCUCGGAGAUGAACAUGAACAAUUACAAUUCCGGGGAGAGUGGCGACAUCGUCUUCAGAGUCCCGAGCAGUCCUCAGCGCAACAAGUUCGCGAGCCCCACCUCGAAAGCCAAGGCCUCCGCCGAGCAAGGCCAACUGGUCAACGACGUGCAGAAGCAGAACCAGGAGAACAAGCGGAUGUUGGCGACGCUCAAGGAGCAGCUCCACGGGGUUCUCAAAUCGAAACCUGCCCAGAAACUGGCUUCGUCUGCAGACGAAAUGACAGAUCCGGAUGCCCAGCCGUUUGUCUGGAUCAGCAAGUGGGUGGAUUACUCGGACAAGUACGGUUUCGGCUAUCAGCUCUCGGACGACGGUGUUGGCGUCAUGUACAACGACGGCACGCGAUUAAUCAUGCUGGCCAAUGGACACAAUAUCCACUAUAUCAAUCGAGAUGGCAAAGAACUCUACUAUACCCAGCAGUCCUACCCUAACAGUCUCGAGAAGAAGAUGAAGCUGCUCAAUUUCUUCUUGCGCUACAUGACGGAACAUUUGAUGAAAGCGGGAGGCGCGAUCGCGGUCAAGCAGAGCGACCAGCUCUCGAGAAUACCUUACAUGAACCAGUGGUUCAGGACACAAACAGCUGUCGUCAUGCAGCUCACCAAUGGAUCUGUCCAGAUCAAUUUCCAGGACCACUCGAAAAUUAUAAUGUGUCCUCUGAUGUCGGCGGUAACGUACAUCGACAAGGAGAAGAACUUCAAGACAUACAGGUUCCAGACAAUUCAGCAGCAUGGCUGUUGCACGGGUCUCGCCAAAAAUUUAGAAUACGCCUACGAAAAAGUAUCACUCAUGAUCAACAGUCCUACCCUUCGAUCGUAAUAUUUUUCCCAUGCCAUGUAUCGCAUUGACACUGCUUCUUGAGAACGCCAUUCUGCCCGAGUGAUCACUUUAUGGAAUAGCGAAUGAACAACGCUCGUUAAGUUUGACCUUUUUCGAUAAGUCUAUAGCAUUUUUUUUACCCUUAUUUUUUUCUUUUCUCUUUUUUAAUCGCGAGACAAUAUUUUACACAUUUUAAGUAUUUUUUAAUUCGAAGGUUUUUUUUUAUACACGACAAAAUACUUGGCAUUUUAUUUUUCACUUGGAAAACCACCGGCACAUUUUCUUUUUUCAGAGAGAGAAAAAAAAGACAGAUAAUUGGAUCAAAUUCAAACUUGGCAUUGUGAGAAAUGUUGGCUCAGUGCAAUCAGUUCGAUACAACAGCUAAUUCUUUCAUUCCAUACUUGUCAUUUUAAGCUGUUUUUUUACCCUCAUUUAGGUUAGCUUCGGUACUUGCGUAAUGUAAUUUUAAAGAAAGUUGGCGAGUAUUUUUUUUUUAUGGGACUUUAAUGGGAAUUCGGGGAAAUGGAAAGAAAGCCGGGACUGGAUGAACGGGAGUUUUUGCUUGGACAAAAUAUCUAUUAUGCAAAUGAGAAAGAGUCCUCGAACAUUUUAAUUUUUGGGUUGAAUUUUCGGGGAUAUUUUUGGGAAUUCGGGAGGAAGAAGAUAGGGAGGAGGAUGAGGAUAGGGAGGAGGAGGAGGAGGAUAAAUAAGUUGUGUACAUAGGCAAUUAUGAAGACAUAGCCUACAAGACUAUAAGAAUGGAAGGCGAUAAUUUUUAGGAUUGUAUGUAUAAAAAAUAGGAGACUAAAGAGUGAUAUACUGCUUAGAAUGUAGCUUGUACCAGUACUUUUUGUGUUACAUCGUACGACGCUCUGUGUUAUUUGACCAGGAAAUAAAACACUAAAUUAUCCAAACGCCUGUCAAGAAGCAGUAUUUCCUUUGAAGAGUAGAGUCAAGGUUUUACAAUGUUAAUCGUGUGAUUUUUAAAUUAGUCGCUCUUCUUCACUACACGCAGUAUUGUGAGAGAAAAGGUAAAUCUUGAAAGGAGAAUGCUUGUUAUUUUUAGUUUCAGUACUUGUUGCAGGUUGUGGAUUGAACUUAUUUUCUUUUAAUAAAAACAAAUUUCUAAUUCGCAGGCGAUAUUCUCGUUUUCAAAAUCUUUGCUUUCACCCACGAGCAGGCAUUUUUUAAAUUAUUACUAUUUUUUUUUCAUUUCAGAAUUAGUUGCAUUGUACACUGAUGGUUUUAGAAUGUAGAUCGAUGUUUACUGAAAGUCUUCUGCGCCUUACAAGUAAUUUAUUUUACUUGUUUGUACGAAAUAUUCCACGUCGAAAAAUUAUGACGGAUUGUAUUCCUAUAAACACGAAAAUUAUCAGUUUUCUGUGUGUUGUUAGAAUUAUUUAGGCAAGCAAAUAUACAAACAAUAUAUAUAUUUUAAAAA